AUGUCUGAACCCUUGAAAGGUCUCGGAAUGAUCAUCGUAGGUGCAGGACUUGGCGGCUGCGCAGCUGCCAUGGCCAUGAAUGCACAAGGCUUCUCCGUCUCCGUCUUCGAAAAGGUGAACAAGUUCGGUCGUCUGGGCGAUUCCUUGGGACUGGGGGAGAAUGCGCUCCGUCUUCUUCAGCGAUGGGGUCUGCAUGAUCGUUUGAUUGAAAUUGGAAAUAAGAGUGAGUUUAUGCAAAUACGCAGAUGGCAGGAUGGCAAGAUUCUGGCGCAGCAGCCGUUGAUGGAUAUGGCGGGAUAUAUUGGCCAUAGAGGGGAUUAUCAUGAAGAGUUUUUAAGAAGAGUGAAGGAGUUGGGAGUUCCCAUUCAUAUGGGUUCUAAUGUGGUUGCCUAUGAUGAGAAUGAGCCGUCCUUGACGCUGAGUAAUGGGGAAGUGCAUAAGGCGGAUAUCAUCAUCGCGGCUGACGGAAUCAAAUCUCUAGCCCGAGAGAUAGUCUUGGGCUAUGAAGAUAAGCCAAAAUCCUCAGGCUACGCUUGCUUCCGAGCAUAUUUCAAAGGGGCGUAUCUAAAAGAAGAUCCCCUAUGCCGAGAAUUUGUGGAGAAGGAGUGUGUAAACAUCUGGAUUGGGAACGAUGUCCAUCUCGUGCAAAAUACGUUACGAGAUGGCGACGAGUUUAACUGGAUCUUGACGCACAAGGACACCGGGGAUAUCAAAGAGUCAUGGUUCCAGCCCGGGGACAUGAACGAGGUGAGGAAGAUCAUCAAGGACUGCGAUCCCCGAAUCGCAGCAGCGGUCGAAAAGACGAAGGAAUGCUUGGAUUGGAAGAUCUGCUAUCGAGAUCCAAUCCCUUCGUGGGUUAGUCGCAGUCAUAAGAUUGCGCUGCUAGGAGACUCGUGCCAUCCUCAUCUUCCAACAAGUGCGCAAGGGGCAUCCCAGGCUACGGAGAGUGCGGCUGUUCUAGCUCUGUGUUUGAAGCUAGCCGGAAAAGAGAACGUUGCUCUGGCUACGAGAGUCUACGAAAAGCUCCGCUUUGCCAGGGUCCGUCAAUCCCAACUAAACGGAGAAGAUGUUCGAGACCGGUGGCACAAUGCCCUCAAGAACCUAGAUGACAACAUUGAAAUCAACCCGGAAGAUGUUAAAAUGAGAAAUAGCUGGCUUUAUCCAUUCGAUGCGGAAGCCGAUACUCUGCAACGCUGGCAGGAGGUUUCAGCUCAGGUUUCGAAAGAGUUGCAAGAUGGGAAUAUUCAGCCUUUGUUUUCGGGGGUACCGCAGGGCUUAUAGGUUCAUUGAUAAGUAAAUGUCUCUUCUCUAUAUAAUAUGACUGUUGUCUUAUACCGCG